UGAUCUCGCCCAACUCAUCUACAGUGGCCGCUGCCAUCAUCUGAACUGGGAACGCGGUGUCCCCUUUCUCUAAUCCUUUCAAUUCCCCCACCAUACCAAUACUUUCAUCAACUUGUUCUCAGGAUGCUGCGUCUCACACCCACGGUGACAUCUCUGACUAUGGCAGAAGUCACGGAGGUUGGCCAUCGCCGUCGGUUUCGGAGGUUCCUCGAAGCCGAUGAGCCGGCGGGGGUUAGCUGGGUAUCAACCAUGAACCAUACCGAGAGUGGAUCGACGUUCAACAUAACUCAAUUCAACCAGACGUCGCAGCCGCACAGUAGCAAAAGGGACAUGUCCCCUCCCAUCAACAGGUCGCGGCCGCUGGUGGUGGACCCGCCCGUCAUGCUUCUCCAUGAGCAGAGAGUUGAGGAACACCUCUCGCCAAUGCCGGAACCAUCAGGUAGUUUAGAGCGUGGCGUGAAGGCUGGAGAGGAGCAACGCCAAGGUCCCGGGGGAACAGUACAGCUAUGUAUCCGGCUCAGACGCAGCAGCCUGCCAGCUGCAACAGAGGAUGAUGUGAUGCUUGACCCGGGUUGCGCAACCAGUCAGCAUGUAUCGCCGGAAAGGGACACGCACAUGUCCGAGAAGAAGUCCAUCACGGAACAGACCGCUGGAGGGAUUCUGGGCACGUCCGCGCGGAUAUCGUUGCCAGAGUCUGGUUCGCAAGUCCCUUCGCGAUCGACGUCUGCUCAGCGCGCCGAGGUCUUGGUAGACGGAGCAGAUACGACGCUUGAGACUGAGACGGGUCCGUCCACUCCACGCCGGAGCUCUUCCCUGGAGUCUUUCGCUGCUACUACACCCCCUGUUUGGUCUGGCCGACUUUCGCCGGUGCCAUCUGAAGGAUCAGACUUUCAUGCGUCUCAGGGUUCGCCCACGGCCGCUUUCCAAACACAGGGCCGAUUUCGCAUCUACGACGACUCCUUGCCGGCUUCAUCUCAACCACAAACGCCGCGAAACCUACCUGAAGCCCGUCAUCAGAGUCGUCUGCUAGGAUCCUUCACGGCCCCGGCAAGGCGUACUUCAUCACAUCUUUCCUGGACGCCUACGAGGAGUCGUUCGCGGCGUGGCUUUGGCAGGAGAAGGGAGACUAGCCCACUCGGAUCUCGGACGCCAGGUUUGAUGGGUUUGUAUGGCGGUAGGGAGAACAUUCAUGAUGCAGCAGUGAUUGAGGAGAUGGUGGAGGGAACUCAGGAGAGAGGACGAAGGGUAUCCCCCACAUCGCGGCUCCGAGGCUCUGCAUGAUUGUCUUGGGAUCCCAAGGCCGGACCGGCAUGAUGGCGGGGAGGGAAGAGUGCACGUAGCCUUGGAGAGGCUGCUCACCUUACUUCGUCUUGUUAAGAUACGUUUUGGCUGAUCCGAGUAUGCUCUGAGGUUCAGUUGAAUAGACUUACGGCAACUUAUCCCUAAUCGCU